AUGAUAAGUUUUCUUUUUUUAGACGAAAAAUUUGUAGUAAAGAUUUCCUGGAAAGGUGUGGGUCAAAAGUUAGAAGUCGAACUUCAUUUGAAAGCACGCAAUAUGAGAGGGCUAGCGAUAUUGAUUGAAUCGAGUGAUUGCUGCAAGAUUUGUGACUCUCGUAGCGACUUAUCUUUCACGGAAGGAAUGAAAAAAGAUAUUCAUCCACCCGAAUCCAAAAUAACGGCUUGCAACUCAGUGCAAUUCAGAUUGUUAAUGUUACGGCUUGACCGUGGUUUAGCUUAG